GUGCCAAGCUAAUAGUUUACCCCUUUUCCUAGUCUUUGUGCUAAGCUAAGCUAACAGCUCUAUCUCUUCCUAGUCUUUCUGCUAAGCUCAUAGUUGUCCCCUUUUCCAAGUCUUUGUGCUAAGCUAAGCUAAUAGCUCCACCUCCUUAGUCUUUGUGCUAAGCUAAUAGUUGUUCCCUUUUCUUAGUCUUUGUGCUAAGCUAAGCUAACAGCGCCCUCUGCUCCUAGUCUUUGUGCCAAGCUAAUAGUUGUCCCCUUUUCCUAGUCUUUGUGCUAAGCUAAGCUAACAGCUCUAUCUCUUCCUAGUCUUUCUGCUAAGCUAAUAGUUGUCCCCUUUUCCAAGUCUUUGUGCUAAGCUAAGCUAACAGUUCUAUCUGUUCCUAGUCUUUCUUCUAAGCUAAUAGUUGUCCCCUUUUCCUAGUCUUUGUGCUAAGCUAAGCUAACAGCUCUAUCUGCUCCCAGUCUCUGUGCUAAGCUAGCGGCUAAGCUAACUGCAGCUGAUCGAUGAUCAGAACAUUAACUCCCCCUCCUCCCUCUCUGUGGCCCCUCCCCUCUCCUGCCUCCUGUCUCCACUCACAUCAGCUGUCGGAUGAGAGAAGAGAGGGAUGUUGUCGUCUCCACCAUCCACCUCUCUCCCCUCUUCCUCCUCCCCACCUCCACCCCCCCACACAGGGAGCUCCGCCUCCCGACGCGUUGCCUUGGAAACGUACUGGAGGGAGGUCCAGAGCAUCGAGGAGGAGAAGGAGGGCGAGGAUGAAGAUGAAGAGGAGGAGAGGAAGAGUUUGGACGAGGCGGAGCUAGACGAGACCUGGCUGACGGAGGCGGGGUUAUCCUCCCUGGUCACGGCCUCGUCCGAGGAGAAGAUGGCGCCACCAGCGGAGGCGCUUCUGUCCACGUUGACCCGGCAACAAGCCACGACUGUGAGGAGGAGGCUGGACAACCUCAACGAGACGCUGAGGAAGAGAAACAAGCAGCCAAUCAGAGACGUCCGAGACGUCUUCACUCAGGCUGAUUUAGCGGACAGAAGCCCCUCCCCUCCCUCUAACCUCUCCGGGUCAUCAGCGAGUCGAUACCACAUGACCACGAAAACCAUCCGUCGCCACACCCACAGAGUUCGACCGUCUGUCCCUGUGUGUCUUUUCAACGAGCGUCCUUCUGAAGAUCCGUCGUCGCCAUCACACGCUCUGCCCCGAAGCCCCUCCCCUCCUAUGCCCGUCACUCAGACAAGACAACCUGAUUGGAUGCUGCGGGAUUCUCCGUACUCAGAAGGUGUGGCUGAGCACAAACAGGGUGGGGCUUGUUGGGACUGUCUACGUUUCCAUGGAGAUGACGACUGUGAUGUGCCGUUCGUACCCGUCUCACCCUCUCAGGGUCUCACCUAUGCAGAUGACCUGUCGUCAUGUGACCUCACUCAGCUUGGGUUCAUCUCUCACAUUGAGCUCUCCACCUUCCUGCUCGCUCUGGGUGUUCAAACCAAACACACCCGCCCUCCACGCCGCUGGAACAUGGACAGCGGGGUGUUCGGCGUUCCUCUGAACUUCCUGUUGGAGAACGACAGGAAGAAGUUUCCCGGGGUUAAAGUUCCCAUCGUCUUCAAAAAGUUGUUGUGUAUUUUAGAGCAGAGUGUGGAGACUGAGGGGAUCCUCCGAGUUCCUGGAUCUGUCGCUCGACUCAAGUACCUGCGUCGAGAGUUAGACAGGUGUGGUGGAGACAUCGACUGGUCGUCAGUGAGACAGGUGGAAGCUGCAGGUUUAUUGAAGCUUUUCAUCAGAGAGCUGCCGACACCUCUGCUGACACACACACACCUGUCCACCUACCACUCUGUGCUGGGGAUCUCCUCGGUGCUUCAUCAGGUUCAGGCUCUUCAUCUCUUGUCGUUGUUGCUUCCUGAAGUGAACAGAGAAACGCUCAGAGCCCUGUUAAUCUUCCUGCGUAAGGUCGUCUCUCAUCAGGACCAGAAUCGAAUGUCUCUGUGGAAUGUCUCCAUGGUAAUGGCACCCAACCUGUUCUCCUGCCGUCACCAUGGCAACAAGCAGUCCAUUGCUAAGCAACGGGAAGAGAUGGAAGAGGCGGUGGGGGGGGCUCGCCUGAUUCGGCUGAUGAUCACACACCAGGAUCUGCUGUGGACCGUACCAAGGUUCCUGUUGUCUCAGGUGAGACAGAUGAACCAGGCAACCAAUCAGAAACAGUUCGGCCUCACCAGGACAACCAAACGACUUCUGAGGAGGAAGAACGACAAGAACCAGGUAGCGGAGCUGUGUGAAGGUGUGAUCAGGGUUCACGCCCCCUUACACACCAAGGUUUCCAUGGCGAUACAGCUCGACGGACAAACUAGAGCCAAAGACGUCACUGCUCGCUUUGAGUGUGAGAACAGUCCAGUUCAGUGUCUGUAUGAAGUCGGAGGAAACAUCUGUGAACGGCGUCUCCACCCAGACUGCGUCCUGUUGGAUGUCUACAGAGUGAAUCCUCGCUGUGAUUGGCUGAUCAAACCCUGAUUCAGAGACAUUUGUCUCACAUCAUCUGAGACCUGUCCCCAAACCGGUCCAACCUGUCUCACCACCUCUUCCACCCUUGAUCCUGUUUCACAACGUGCCUUACCACCUGUCUUCCUGUCUUCUCAACAUCUCAAACAACCCCAGUGGACGAAUGUCUCACGUCCUGUCAAACAAAUGUAUUUCUUAAAGUUUCACUUGUUUUAUAAAACGUUC